AUGGCCUACGUGGGGAAGAGCACGAAGAAAGAGCUCGUCCGCCGCGUCCUCGCCACCAUCACCGUGGAGAAGCUGAGCUACUUCUGGCAGGACCCGACCAUGAUCUGGUUCUUCUGGACGCGCCUCGAGAGCAUGCUGUUCAACAAGAUCCAGCAGGGCAAGCUCGACGACCAUGACCCCAUGAUGCUGGAGAUCAAGAAGCUGCUGAGCUACGACACGGAAGGAGGGUGGGCCGUUUUGAGCAAAGGGUCAAACAUCAUAUCGAACGGGCACGGCAACACGGUGCUGACGACUCUGGUGGAGUACGAUCUGUGGAAGGAAGAGAUUCCGGUGAAGGGUUUCGAUCUGGCGUACGAUGAUCAUCACAAGAAGGUCCAUGGGGUGACUUACCCUUGUUGCAGGUUCGAGUUUCCUAAUACUGCGGGGAGGAUUCCUGAAGGGAUGAAGUGUCCUGGGUUUGGGAUAGGAAAAGUAACCAAUGGUUACUGA